AUUUGAUUGUGUGAGUUUGAAGUGUAAAGGUAUUGUAAUAAUCGUAUUUCAAACCGCUAAUAAUCGUCACGUCAAACAUCUAAAUCAGUAACAUAGCAGUUACUUCACCUUACCUGAGUAAGUUAAACCGAUGUGUUUAAAAGUUGAACCUCAAAUAUGUCUGAAAGCAGCAGUGAAGAUGAAAACACUGCAAGACUGAAAGAGGCUGUGUGGAGCUUUAAACCAGAGGAUGUCAAAAUCAAUGGAAAAGAAAACAAUGGUAGACAAAGUCAUAGAGCUGAUGUUUCCAAGCAUGAGCAUGAUGGGAAUGAGCUCGGGACAACACCAGAGUUUAGAUCCCAUGUUGCGAAAAAGUUAGGAACCUAUUUGGAUGGGUGUAUUUCUGAAGUGUGCUCUGACACUGUUGAACCUGCUCAGUCUGAAAACAGAGAAGAUGAAGAAGGUUUCCGUCUUUUCUCCUCGUCUACUCCUGGUAAAUGGAUGGAGCAAUCACCACCUCCACCUCCAAAAAGGAGGCCAGUUCCCAGCUCCAGUGACAGUGACAGUGAGAUGGAGAUGAGGUUUCGAGAAGCUGCUGUGUCUCUAUCUGACAUUCUCGGACCUGUAGCCCAAAACCUCUCAGAGAAAACAGAGGAGAAGAGCACAAAAGAAGAGACCGAGGACACAGUGACAAAGAUGAAGAAAAAGAAGAAAAGAAAAACCUCCAGUGAGGAAAGUCAGGACAAAGUGAAUCAUCAGACAGAGAAACAGUCUAACGUAGAAGGAAACCAAGAGCAAACAACUGCUGGAGAGAGAUUGAAAAAGAAGAAGAAGAAGAAGAAAAAGAAAAGGAAAAAGUUGGAGAAGGACAUCAAAAAAGAUGAAUGAAAAACUUCAUUUUUAUAAUAAUUAGUUAAUCUGUUAAUGCCGUUCUGGAUGUUUGUAUUUUAGGUUUGUAAUGUAUGUUAUAGAAUAACAGAAACCUGAUCUGUUUUCAUUCAAUGCCACUUUAAACAGUAUUUACUCCUAAAAGGUGCAUAGUAAUACCCAGUAUGUUUUUGCACCAAAGGUUUUUUCUUGUGUUUCAGUCUUGCAGAAUUUCCUUAAAAUCAUCAAUAAAGUUUAUUUUUCCAUUUUA